UUUUAUCUCCAAGCUAUUCCCUUAUACCCUUCUUUACAGGUGUUUUUAAGCAUGGUAUAGCUCUAAAGGAUUAUUCACUAGCCUCAAAUCAACAUUUUCUAUAAACUUGGUAUAUCAAGAAAAUAAAUCUAAUAAGCUCAUCAUCAUGAUGAAGAUCAAAUACCUUGUCUGGCUCCUCUUCAUGAUUAUUUGCGUUGCUGCUUCUUCAUGCAGAUCUGAUAAUCAUCAGAACAAAAGACUCAAGUAUGAGAAUGGUGUAAUGAGUUCUGAAUUACCAAGCAGAGAGAGCAACCAUCAAAUCAAACAUGGGAAAAAAUUAGGGUUGGAAGAAGGUGAAAAUAAUGGUCAUGAAUUGACUUCUAUUAGAAAAGCAAAGGCAGUGUAUGGUGGAUCUAAUGACCUUAUGAGACGCCCUAAGAGCAGCCAAAGUGCACCAACACCAUUGCUGUCGAGCCCUAAACAACGUUUACUUGGAUUGCUUGUCUGUGUUAUAAUGUUCUGUCCAUUUUGAGACUUUUGGGAUUAUAUUUCAUCACUGUGAAAACUUUUAUGAUGAAAUUAGGUUGCUCUCCCCAUGUUCUAUCUAAGCUUAUUAUUAAUUGCUUAGUUUCAUGUAACCAUGGAUGUGCCUCUAUAAAUAUAUAUAAUGUAUAAUUGAAUA